CGGAUCGGAGCCUCGCUGUCCGCCGGUGCUUGGGGGCGCCGCUGCUGCUGGCCGGUGGGCUGGUUGCUGGUUGCCAGCCGGGCUCUUCUGCCUGAGGCCGCCCCACAAGAGGAGGACAGGGGGCCGGAGAGAUGUGAACAGGUAUGAAUCAGAAAAGGAGAGAAAACCAUGUGAGAUGUCACCAAAAAGAGGCAGGUGUAAAAAGCAUGAAGAGCAAAGGAGAAAUGAAGCAAGUCAGAAGAGGAAUACAUCCUCUGCUUCUCUAGGCAGUGAAUAUCAUGAUACUGAAAUCCAGCAAAAGCAAGAAAAAUAAUAGGUGCCAGAGGCCCAAAGCCACCGGGCAGGUGCGACUCUCCUUUGCUGACAGGGACAACAGAGGGACCGGCUGAAUUCGGCUCAUCACCCUGCAAGGAGAGAUGACUGAAGGGAAUGAGCAUUCCUUGCCCCACAACUUCCCUUCCAGGCAACACUUAAGCAGGGGCCCAAGCCAGAAGUGAAAAUGGAGAGGAAGAAUCCGGGAAAUCCCAGUCCUGAGACGGGAUCCAAGGGGGCCAGGAAGGCUGCCCAUGCAGCUACCCAGGUGGGAUCCGUCGGGCCCGAGGGGCUGCAGCAGCUGUGGGAAGUCCAGUGGCAAGCCUUCCUCCAGGCAAUGGAGUCCUCUCGUUCCGGGAUGGGGAGCCCGCAAGCAGCAGAACUGGCUCUCUCGGGGGAUCUGAAGUCUUCCCUGCUCCCCUGUGAGGGAGGUGCCACGGCUGGCUGGCAGCCUCUCAAAGGGCAAGCAAGGAGCCCCAGUGUCGCAGCCCCACAAGUGCGCAGCAGCUUGGAUGCCACAGAGAAGGGACACUACGGGAAAGUGAAAGAGGAGCGGGAGGCAGCUCUUAGCCCCGAGGCCUGCCGCCAGUGCUUCCGGCAGUUCCGCUACGGUGAUGCCAAGGGUCCCCAGGAGGUCUGCCGCAGGCUCUCGGAGCUCUGCCGCCAGUGGCUGAAGCCAGAGAGGCGCACCAAAGAGCAGAUCCUGGAUGUGGUCAUCCUGGAGCAGUUUCUGGCCCUCCUGCCACCGGGGAUCCAGGGCCAGGUGAGGGAGCACGGCCCAGAGACCUGCGCCCAAGCCGUGGCCCUGGUGAAAAACUUCCUGCCGACACAGCAAGAGGCCAGCCGAUGGAAGGAUCAGGAGUCUGGUCCCUUCCAGGAGGCCACUGUGAAUGCUCCCAGUGAUGAGGCAGCAGCAAUGGGGCGCGCAGAGGGGCAGAUCUGGAACGUUGCGAAGGAGGAGGACGAAGGAGACACCGACUUGGUGGGUAAUCGCCGUGCGAGGAAGAACGACGCUCAUGGCAGGCAGGAAAAUACUACACAAGAAGCUCAAGGGAUGUCAGAAGAGAGAGCCUCAGAGGACAGGUGCAAACACCACAAGCCGGCAGGCUCCACUGAGGGCCUUUGUGGAACAUGGAGGCCACCAGGAAGCCCUCAGAGGCCAGUAAUAGAUCAGGCCAUUCCCAGUAGGGUGAGCUACAAUGAACUUGAUGAAACUAGUGUUGGAGAUGGACCUGUGACCCCAAAUGAAUGUGGGCAGGGCUCAAAUCCCAAAACUCACGAGAGAACGCACUUAGAUGACAAACCGUUCAAGUGCUUGGACUGUGGGAAAUCCUUCCGAAUGAAAGAUAAACUCAUUCGGCAUCACAAAACCCACACAGGAGAGAAACCGUACAAAUGCUUGGACUGUGGCAAAUUCUUCAGCACCAAGUAUGGGCUAUUUCGGCAUUACAGGAUCCACAGAGGAGAGAAACCCUACGAAUGCUCAUACUGUGGGAAGUUUUUCCGGAUGAAUUAUGACCUAAUCAGGCACCACCGAAUCCACACAGGGGAGAAGCCAUUUGGAUGCUCGGACUGUGGGAAGUCCUUCAGCAUGAACUCUGAUCUUGUUAGACACAGGAGAAUCCACACGGGGGAGAAGCCAUUUGAAUGUCCCGACUGUGGCAAAACCUUCAAUGUCAAAGGCAGCCUUGUGGCCCAUCUCAGGAUUCACAAAGGGAUGAAGCCACACAGGUGUACUGAAUGUGGGAAGUGCUUCAAUCAGAGCUCAAAACUUAAGAUGCAUUUGAGAAUCCACAAGGGAUAGGGGCUGUAUGCGUGUCGAGGCUGGAGCAUUUCCGCAUCUAGGAAUCUUCCUGGUGGGUUUGAGAGAGAAGCUUUGCUCUGGGCCCCUUAUUCAGAGGAAGUGAAGCUGUAUAGUGCCAGGAUGAGGAGUUUCUCGUGUUUGGUGCCACAAUGAUGGAAUGCCCUGACCGAAAGGCACUUCACCAGUUAGCUUCAAGCCGCUUGUCAACUAUCUUAUUUAUUAGGAAUAUCCUGCUUAAGGAUAUCUUAAGUUAAUUGAUCAGCCUAUUAAACCUAUCAAUGCACAGAUCACAAAACAGUUUUUUUAAAGCAUAAUUUCUUCAUGUUUAGAUGGCACAUGCAUAUCUCUCCUCUUGUCAGAGUGAAGUUUUUUUUGGUUUAAAAUAGAAUGUCAUAUUAUUUGGAGAUGCCUUUUUAGUUGAUUAAAUAGUUCUUUACUGGGUUUUAUUUAUUUUUGUUUUGCUUUGUUUAGUUGCAAAGUCAUGCCUGACCCAUCACGACCCCAUGGACAACAUUCCUCCAGGCUAACCAAUUAAUAGGUCAGAUUAAAAGUUGCAGUCCUACUGUUUCGAUAAGACGAUGCUAGUAUUAGGACUGGACUUUUAAAUCUAUCCUGUUAUUCACAGUUUGGUUUAUGUUAUUGAUUACCAUAUUUUUCGCUCUAUAAGACGCGC